CCAAUGUGUCAGAAGGAUGUCCUGUAGAAUUCAAUGUUUCUGGAAGCGGAGAUGAAUACCUUGAUUUAUCACAGACUCAACUAUAUGUGAAAGUAAAAAUUUUAAAAAGUGAUGGCAAGCCUCUCACAGCUGAAAGUAAAGUGGGACCGGUCAAUCUAUUUUUACAUUCUACGUUUUCUCAAGUGGAUAUCAGUUUAAAUGAAAGACUCGUGUCCUCGAAUACAGCAGGUCGAAUGAAUGUUUUUGAUCAUAAAGAUUCUCAGCCUAAUGAAGGAUUCAUCCAAAGAGCUGAAAUGUUUAAACUGAGUGCCUCGGUCGAUAUGAUUGGGCGGCUACAUUUGGAUAUGUUUCAUCAAGAAAAGCUCUUAUUGAAUAUGGUGGAUAUGAAAAUUAAACUCAUACGCAGCAAGCCUGAAUUUUGUUUACUGGGUGCUGGCGAAUAUAAAGUUCUGCUUGAAAAUGCCUCUUUAUUUGUGAGAAAAGUGAGAGUCAGUCCUGGUGUGGUUCUAGGGCAUGCAAAAGCCUUAGAAAAAUCAACAGCCAAAUAUCCCAUUAACAGAGUGCUCUGCAAAGCGUAUUCCAUUCCCACAGGAAACAUGAGCUUUGUUCAAGACAAUAUUUUCGUAGGUCAAAUGCCUAAUCGUAUUGUAGUGGCAUGUAUUGACAACGAUGCAUUUAACGGAAGCUAUAAAAAGUCUCCUUUCGAGUUUAAGCAUUAUAAUAUUAACUUUAUUGGAGUUUAUGUGGACGGUCAACCUGUACCUCAUAAUCCACUUCAACCUAAUUUUGGAACAAGAGCAGUUUCGAGCCAAAUCCCUAUUUUUCAAGCUUUGUGGUUAAAAUAG